GGUCUUUUAGUAAUAGGAAUCUGAUUAUUGGUGGUGUGUUCCCUGUCCGACGUUUUGGAAACACAGCAACUCCGAACUUCGCCUCCAAUCCAGUCCAAAUGUGUGAUAACAGGUAAUUGUUUCAAUAUUUCCAAUGUGAAAAAUACAUUUUUAAAGAAAUUGAAUGAUAUUGAUUAUUCAUAAAAAUAAACAUUCAACAGUUUUAAACAGGGAUUAAAAUGUUCAAAUCUUAUAUAAGAUAGUAUAAAGUUGAAUUGUUUUAAAUAUUUCUAAUUAGGAGCAAUACAGAUUUUCAAUUGUUCUAAAACUUUUAGCAUAAUACUAUAUUGUGGCUUAUAUCACAAGGUUUUUUUGUUUUUUUAAAGUAUAACAUUUCCUGUGAAACAUAUCUUUUAAAAUCAUACUCUGUCUUAAGAAUGAUAAUUCAUUAGUAAAAUGGAAUUAAGCUUAUUUUCAUUAAUUGAAUUCGAUUUAACAGAUGGGCUGCAAUAAAUUGGGCUUGGUUCCAAAAAGAGAAAGCUAUCAGCCAUUAUAGUGUAUAAAAUUAUACAUUUUUUCACAUACAAAAUGCAUAAACGACAGAAAUAAACUCGUAACCUUUCAAAUUAUGUUUAGAUUUCAAAUCUUUUAAUGAACAAGUUCAUACAAACAUGAUACAUAUCUAAAUAUUAAAAAUACAUGUUUUGGUUUAUUCAAUAAACACAGAAUUGUAUUGAAUAUAAAAAUAGCCCAUAUGUGACUAAAAAUGAGUUGGAGAAUUUUUUUUCUAAUUUAUAUUAAACAAUGGGAAAAAAUCAAGAAAUGUUUCUGAACAAGAGCAUUUAUUUGGUUAAUUAAUCAACACUGUACUUAUUCUCCCGUACACAAUUUGCCUCACAAAUGGGAUCAGGAGUCCUUUAUAUACAUUAAACAGCUUGUUUUGGUGACUUGGGAACCCACUUGAGAAUCCAGGGACAAAACGUUAUUUACAAAAAGUCCAAUUUUGUAUAAAGGACCACUAUAGGCACCCAGACCACUUCAGCUUAAUGAAGUGGUCUGGGUGCCAGGUCCCUCUAGGAUUAACCCUUUCUGCUGUAAACAUAGAAGUUUCAGAGAAACUGCUAUAUUUAUAAAUGGGUUAAUCCAGCCUCUAGUGGCUGUUUUCCUGGCACUAUAGUGGUCCUUUAAGUGGAGACUUAUGCCAGCCCAGCUAUGAUAUGUUCCUAAAAUGAACUGACAUGAAAAAAACUGCUAUUCUCACACUAAAUUUACACAGUACAUACACCACAUUUUUGUUCUGAUUUUGCACAUUGUUAUUAUACAUUGCUAUUUAGAUAUAUUUUUUUAUAUUUUGUUUUGUUCUUUUUUUCAUUUUUUUUUAAGCUUUGAUUUUAGGAGUUUCCGUUGGAUGAGAGCAAUGAUGUUUGCAAUACAGGAGAUAAACGGCAAUGAAAAUCUGCUCCCUAACAUAACUCUAGGUUACGCACUCUAUGAUACAUGUGAUAGUGUUGCGAUAGCUAUGGAGGAAAUGCUCACAUUAAUAACUGGCUCGAAGCGAUACAUUCCAAACUACAACUGUCAAAUGGACUCCGUGUUAAUAGCUGUUAUUGGUGAAUCAGCCUCUGCUAUAUCAAUAGCCAUGGCAAGAAUCCUAGGCACUUUUCAUGUUCCGCAGGUAUUUCUGCAAUCAUUUAAAAAAAUGCUAACAAAACAAAUAAAGAUACACAAUCCUGAUGUUGACACUUUGUACAUAAAUGAGGUUGCUUUCUUGGGUUCUGUUAAAACACAAUCCAUAAUCAAUAUUUCAUAUAAUCUUAUAAAGCAUCCUAGACAAGGAAUGUAUUAAAAGGAACAGUCUACGCACCAACAGUUUCAGUUUAUUGUAGUGGUUAUAGUGCUAGAAGGUCAUGGCUAAACUUUCCCAGAUUUUGUAAACGGUUUUCAGGUGGGGGUACCCCAGAAUGCCUAGCCAAGAUGUCUAAGGCAGUUAGCAGUUAGAUCCUCCUGCAAGUUCUAGUGGUUUGGAGCCCCCCAUUCACCUAGAUGUUAAGGCUUAAUUGCCAGAGCCAUUGACUUUUGUUGAUGAGUUGUUAAUAAAUAUAAAGGGACAGGUGCCUUUAGCAUCACCAUUUCUAAGAUUACUUGUUUCUUUAUUUCUCUGAUCUUAUUUUGUUUUACAGAAAUGAAGUAUAGCAAAUUGAAGAAUGUCAACGGGUAUUUUAUAAAUAGGAAGCAGGUGUAGAUCAAUAAAUGUUCAGAUAUAUAAUACUUUCAGUGCUUCCAGUUGCUAAACAGGUAGAUUACAGGGAUCAUGGCCGUAUUUCAUAUUUCAAAAACAGAAUUUAAAAAACAAGCAUUUUUUUUCCAAAAAAGAGAUUGUGUAACAAUUUUCAGUAAUGAAAAAAUAAAUAUAACAAAUACAAUUCCUUGUUUGCAGGAAUAGCACCCAGAACACAAACUGGGUUAUGCCAAAAUAGCCACUCUUUUUCCAUUUUAGCUACUGAAGUCAAAAACAUAAUUUCUCCACAACUCCAAGUUUAAUGAGUAGCCUGAAAGUCUAUCACUGCCUUUAAUUUAGAAACAGCUACAAUGUGUUUAUGCCUCUCGUAAUGAAUGCCCUAGUCUCAGCUAUAAAUGACAUCAGCAUAUAAUACAUGAAUUAUUAAACACCACAUAUUAAAUCUAGAAAAAGGAAACUGUCACACAAUAAUGAAUAAAAUUACAUUUUUAAACUGUAACCUCAAAGCACAGUAAACCUGGACAUAUAGAAUCAUAGAAGUACUUACAAUUAAAGCUACAAAUAUGAUGCAAAAUUGAUUUAUUGGAAAUAAAUAUAUACUAAUCCACAACUGUCUGUAUUGCAUUAUAAUUGCAACUUUUUCAACUUUUAUAUGGCAUCUCUAUACUACUGAAUACUACCUAUUGAUCACAACAUGCAAAAUUCAUUUAUGUAAUUGGAAAGAUCGUAUUUCAUUUAUUGAAUUAUCUGCUGCAAACAAAGUAUCAUUGAUUUAAUUUGUACAAGUCUGUCAUUGAGGGCUAUUACAUCCUGCUGUUAGAGAAAUGCAAUCACAUGCUAUUGAUGAUCCUAUAAUCUGUAUCAUGCAUUCUAUAGUAUUCACCAUUAUUCACUCUGUCUGAGUAGAAUUGACAAGAGGAUAUAUGCAGGUUAGGCAAGGGGGGCAGAAGGUAUUUCCGAGUAUGGAAAGAUUUGGAUUCUAAUUGUUGGUUUGGAGAUUUAAUUUGGUAUCUAUGGCUGUAUAUUUGCACUGUACAUGUGUUAGCUCACUGUGUAUUGAUAUUACCUUACUGUGAAUUUGAAGUACUCCUCUAAUCUGCUGCCUCUUGGCACCUUUGAUAUGUAUGCAUUUCCCUGCUUGUCAAUUUCUUAUAUAGAGAAUUAUAAAACAUAAAUAUAGCUAAGUUGUAACUACGUUUGAACUGGAGAAUUCAGCCAGAUCACCUAUUUUUGCCUCUGUUUUACCAUCCGGAUUUAAUUUGUAAUAAUUCAGAUUGUAGUGAUUAAUCGUGAACAGGCAGGAUUGUGCUGGGCCUUUGCUGGUCCAGAACUGUGUGGAAUUCCUCAUGGAGUGGUCUGCAAUCUCAAUAUUCUCCAGACCCGGAAUGGCAAAUUGGGGUAUUUCUGGGGAGACAUUGAUAUCGACAAAAAUAGCAAAAACAGCAGUAAAUAGGCGCUCACUAAAAUACUAGGGCGAAAGGCCGCAGUAAACCAGCAAGUAUUCCCAAUCCUUGAUAAGUUAUAGAAGUGUGGAAGAAAGAAUCUGUCUUCCACACAGUCAUAUCUACAAGACUAUUAAAAUUGUGAUCUUGAUGGAGGCACAGGUGUGUAAAAGUAAUUGAUAUUUAUGAUCAGGUUAGAGCUUGUGUCGUUAUUUAAAGAGAGAUUCUAAGCAUCAAACUCAACGCCCAUCCUAAUGUAAUGUUUUUUGUUGUUGUGUAUAGACAUGUAAGAAAAAGAGAAAAAUGUAAGCAUUGCUGUUUGUGAGAAAUGGCAAUGUUUAUGUUUUGUCAGUGAGUAUGCCUCUAGUGGCUGUCAGUCAAUCAAUCAAUCAAUCAAUCAUUCAUUCAAUCAAUCAAUCAAUCAAUCAAUCAGACAGCCACGAGAAGCCUACUGAAGACUUUCAGAAGUCAAGCAGUGCAUUCUAUUUGGGAAGCAUGGUGAUUGCCAGUGGUGCAGCAAUCUUUAUCUAUGAGAACCAAUGGACUAGAACAAGAUGAUCAGUCAGGAUAAUUUCAGUAAAAGAGUGGCAGCUGACCAGGACAGCUCUGAAUAAAAGGUGAUUUAGUUUUAAUCUUUAACAUGGGGUCCAAAAAUCUAAGGAAACAGAGGAACACUACAAUGUUAUAAGUAAAUAUAUUUAUUUAGAAGAUUAGAAUGUUCCUUAAAAAUCUCAGUUUGUAAAAUGUAAAAAAUAAUGCUAGUUUUCAAUGUUUAAUGUGAGCAGGACCAGCCACACAGAGAGUAUGGACUCUGUGAGUCUUAUGAGAAAAAUACCCAAGACAUUCAUUUGUACAUGCCCAAGGCAAAAAGGUUUGUCAGCCCUCCCCUGUUUACUUAUGUAGCCUGUGAAACGGUGAAAGAUGAAUUCAAUGUAGUUUCAAUAUCUACAUGAAGGAGCUAGAUCAGUGAUGGCGAACCUUUUUGAGCCCGAGUGCCCAAAUCGCAAUACAUGCCAACUUUUUUUCCCUUAAAGUGCCAACACAGCAAUUAAACCUCAAUACUGAGUUUUAAUUUUUGAAAAAACAACUCGUACUGUUGUCCGAACUAAUUAACAACUUUUGUUUUAAAAGAACACAACAGAGAGUUCAAUGAUACAAAUUUUAAAUAAUGAUAUAAAUAGAUAAAAUUAGGCUUAUAUUUAUUAGUAUCUCCAACAAAUGCAAUACAUACACACACAGUCUCCUGAAUACACACACACACAAGACUGCUGAAUACAGAGACUGAUGAAUACACACACACAGUCUGUUGAAUACACAUACAGACAGACUGCUGAGUACACACACAGACUGCUGAAUACAUACACACACUGUCCGCUGAAUACACACACAUACUGUAUUGAGGGGUGUAGUGUAUGUGUUUGUGUGUGGGGUGUUGUGUGUGAGGGGUGCUGUGUGUGUGAGGGAUGUUGUGUGUGGUGCGGUGCUGUGUCUGUGUGAGGGGUGCUGUGUGUGUGUGUGUGAGGGGGUGCUGUGUGUGUGUGGGGGGUGCUGGGCCGGGGUAAGGGUGCUGUGUGUGUUGUGGGGGGGGAGUAGGGGUGCUAUGUGUGGGGGGGGUAGGGGCGGGGAGGGAUGCUGGGUGGAGGGGAGCUGGGUGUGGGGGAGGGAUGCUGAGGAGGGGUGCUGUGUGGGGGUUGGGGUACUGUGUGUGGGGCUGGGGUAAAGGUGUUUAAAAAAAAAAGUAUGCUAAAUCAGUAUCCCCCCCCUCCCUCCUUAUUACCUUUAAUGAAGGGGGAAGGGUUACAGCCAUCCCUGGUGGUCCGGUGGUGGCAAGCACUGCUUCCGUGUCGGGAGGCAGGGGGAGGGAUCUGUGAAGCAGCUCCCCUGUCCUCCCGCACGAUCCUGUGUGGAGCGUUGCCAUGGUAACGCACGGCAACGCUCCACACAGCUUGCUCGCAGGAGGACAGGGGAGCUGCUUCACAGAUCCCUCCCCCUGCCUCCCGACACGGAAGCAGAGUAGGCGCCUGCUGUUUUGGGCAGGCAGGUGCCUACUCUGCAUUGAUGGCGAACCUAUGGCUGCGUGCCCACAGAAAGGGCCCAGCGUGCCACCUAUGGCACGCGUCCCAUAGGUUCGCCAUCACUGAACUAAAUAAAUCCCUCCUUGCACAGAAGGUAAUGAAUCAAAAUUACUCUAUAAAAUAUAUGAGGAAUAUCACCACAAUAUCGUGAUGUUUGAAUAUUUAUGGAUUUACUAAGAGUGAAAAUGUUAGAGUGAAUGUUCCAGGAUUAUUCUAUAGGCACUUGUGAAGAAUGACCAUUAAAAAGUGAUGUGUCAGUCAAGCAGGGGAAGCCAAAAGGGAACUACAUCUAUCAUAAUCAUAAAGUUAGGAUAGGCAUAAGGCUAUCCUAACUAUAAGAUAAGGCUAGGGACUAAUGAAAGUAUUUAGAAAAUUGGGCAGACUAGAUGGGCCGAAUGGUUCUUAUCUGCCGUCACAUUCUAUGUUUCUAUGUUUCUAAAUCGUUAGACCUAUUUCAAACUAUUUGAGCAUCAUGGGUAUGAUAUAUAUAUAUAUAUAUAUAUAUAUAUAUAUAUGUAUACACCCAAAUAUUAUGAAAUAAGUUAAGGAGCAAUCUGGUGGCAAACUAUUUAAAGGAAGCUAUAUUAGUAAGUUUACGAAAUUAAAGCUCUAUAACAAUGGUUCCCAACUCAGUCCUAAAGGCACAUCAAUGGCCAAUGAUUUGUCACCAUCCUAAUUUUAAUUAGACUUGGAAAUACCUAAAUUAUAAACGGAUAAUAUGCCUUGAAGUCUAUGGUCAGUUGCCAAAUUCAUCCAUUGUUAUUUUAAAUAAAUGCUCUUAACCCAUCUAUUCAAGUUUAAAUCCAGUGUUUUUCUUAUCUUUAGGUAAGCUAUUUUUCAUCCAUAAAUACCCUUAGCAAUAAACAAGAAUUCCCCUCCUUCUUUAGGACCAUACCAAGUGACACAUUUCAAACCACAGCCUUCGCUGCCAUAGUGGAACACUUUGGAUGGAAGUGGGUAGGUACAUUGGCCGAAGAUAAUGAUUAUGGUCAUCUUGGAGUCCAACUCUUCUCUGAACAGGUUCAGAAGCUUGGAACUUGUAUUGCAUUCUCGGAAACAAUUCCGCUUUUUUAUUCAAAAGAACGGUAUUCAGCGAUUGCUGAAACAAUAAGACAUUCCUCUGCAAAAGUUAUCAUUGUUUUUUCUGGAGAUACCAACUUGCUACCAUUGUUUGGGGAAAUAACUAAGAAAAAUAUUACUGGAAGAACAUGGUUAGCUAGCGAAGCGUGGAGUACAUCUGUCUUUCUGAUAGAAAAAUAUCAAGUCAAUUAUUUUAGUGGUACUUUGGGACUUGCAAUACCCCAGGGAACCAUUUCUGGGCUGCAACAGUUUCUUUUACAGCUUAAUCCACUGCAGAACCUUGAAGACAUCAACAUAAAAACAUUCUGGGAAAACUCAUUUGGAUGUUCAUGGUUUAAAAACCUAAAAGAGCAUAGCAAUGAAACAAUUUGCAGUGGAAACGAGAAUCUAUCAACUGUAAACAAUGCAUAUACACAGGUGUCACAACUGAGAAUCACUUGCAAUGUGUACAAUUCCAUAUAUGCCAUUGCAAAUGCACUUGAAGACCUUUUUUCCUGUGGGAACAAUAAAGAAUCAUUCAUAAAUGAAGCAUGUGUAAGUGAAAGAGACAUGAAGUCAUGGCAGGUAAAUCUCAUCCCACCAGCCAGAUAAUGGGAAUAUUUGGAUAGGUGUACACAAGGGCUGAGCUGAUUUGUAUCACCUCUGCUCCAUCUGACUUCCUACCUGAAUGAUGUAAUCAGUUUUAGUUGCUAUAGAGAUUGAACCAGAACAUUUACAGCAUUCUGUAUUUGACAAAUACAAAAUGCACAGUUUAUCAUUAAUUUUUUUUAUAAAAAAUGUUUUCAAAAAUGCUAUGUGAUGUAUGCACCCUAAUGAUGUAUGCCCAAUAUGCUUAUACCUAUCUGUUUGUUAUUUAAUUACCUAUUGAAAGUCCUUAUAUAGCGCUCUUAUCCAGAGUGCUCACAGGGGUAGCUACAAUUAUAGAGUAUACUGUUCCAUAACUGUAUACCUACCAGACUUGUUUUAAAUGAUUUGUCUGAAUUAAAUGCCUUUUAAUCCACACCCAGACAAAUCAAUUGUAAGAAGUUUACCUGUGGAGUCUUAUUAAAUAAAUAAGACUCCACAAGUAAAUAGAUAACUAUCGCUAUGUCGAAUGUUGAUUAAAAGGCAUUCGACUUGGUUGAACCAUCGGAAAUAAGUUUAGUACCAAAAACAAAGAAUAUGAGAACUUUGAGAAUGGGCAAACGCUUAGAGAAACUCAGUAAUUAGUCCCCGCGCAGGUCUCAACAUGUUUUUAUUCACUUGUAACAUUACAAAUAGAACCUAUACCAUUUGAAUAUGCAGAAGGACAGUCCAGAACUGAAAUGCUGGCAAGUUCUCUCUGCACGAGAGAUACCGCAACCCCGGACAAUCAUUUUGACCUUCUUUGGGUCUUGUCAGUGAGGUGUAGCUGAUACCCCUUUAGGCACAGUGAACAGAGGGUCCACUUCACACUCUAUUUUUGUUGCAAUGAAUUUGCUUGGGCUAACCCUAAGAUAAAAGUGUAAUCGAGACGUGGAUCCCAUGCUCACUGUGCCUAGAUGGAUAUCAGCCACACCUUGCUGAUGAGGUCCAAAGUAGGCCAAAAUGAUCUUCUGUGGUUGCUGUAUCUCUUGUGCAAAGAGAACUUGCCAGCAUUUUGGUUCUCGGCUGCCCUUUUGGGUGGGAUCCAUCUGAUAUGCAAAUAAUAUAGGUUCUCUUUGUAAUGAUACAACUGAGUAAAACAUUUUUAAAAGGACCAGAGCAGGGACUAACAGAGGAACAGAGCAGGGAAGGGCGAGCUACUGAGUUUCUUUAAGCUUUUUUGCCUUUUCUCAGAGUUCUCGUACUUCCUGUUUUUGAUACAAGUCUAGUUUCUACAAGCAAAUAGCCUGCACUGCAUUGUUAAAUAUUGAUUUAUUAGGCAGAGUGCAGCUUUAUCUACAUACAAAUACACCAGAAAUUGUAUAUUACCAGGGCCGGACUGGCCCACCGGGAUACCGGGAAAUUUCCCGGUGGGCCGCGGCACCUGUGGGGCUGCAUAUAGAAAGGGAGCCCUGCUCCCUAUAUUUUAAGAGUAUUGCGGCUGCCGGCCACAUGUCGGUGCCACCGGGUGGCUGGUCCGGUGGCACACUCUGAGGGGGUUAUACUUACCUUGCGGCCGGCGGCUCCAUCUCCUGUGCUGUAUGACUGCUGUCAGUAUCAGUGAGUGUGCGGGUGCCGCCUAAGUGAUUACUCUAUGAUGUGUAGAUGCUGGGAAAUAUGGGAACCGCGAGGGAGCAUGGUAGUGCAUGGUAGUUAGCUCUGCCCCCUCCCUCAGUCCUCCUGUGACAAGGUUUGCAGGGACACAGAAAAAGAGGGGUAAUAGAAACACAGGGGAAGGGGGGGGACACAAAUAGAGGGCUAAUAGAGAGACACAGGGGAAGGGGGGAAACAGAGACUGAAGGGCAAUAGAGAGACACAGGGGAUGGAGUGUAACUGUGGGUGGUUCCCUUAUUUACCACUAUAAUGUCUUAAAGCAUAGAACUUAGUAGGGCUAACCAUACAGAUAUCUUAGCCAUAAUUUUAUAUAGUUACUAAGAGAUCCUCUAUUUAACAUAUAUAAAUAAUUGAGAAUACAAUAUAAAAUAAGGAUUGUCUUGGAAGCAUUAGUUUUGUCCUUUUGGAUAUUUAUUAUAUAAAAAUAUAAAUAUAAAAUCCAUUAUAGCAGAGUUUAUAAGAUUAAAUUACAUGCUUGCAAAUAUCAUUAAUAGGUUAACAUACCCUUCUGAACAUGUCAUCAUGUCAGCCUCUCUGUCAUUUUAAGAUGGAGCAGCUUCUGUCUCCAAGUCUCUCCUCUGUAUCUUAACAUUUAAAAGUACACCUAUUUAUACCUUAGGUGUCUCCAUUUUCGGGUUACCGUAGUUAAUUUACUUUAUUCAUUUUAGGACCUCCCUUAAUUUGGCAAACAUACAAGGCCAUAACUAAAGGGUGCAAACGUCUUGGAAAUUUUCCUGACUUAGUUCAAGAUGGCAUCUUAAAAUCUGAAUAGGUUAUCUGUUGUUUAUACUAGGUCGUAACUGUACAGUCGUGGGAGAUUCCCGGAUUUGGGGAAGUUCCAUUAACUUGGGGUUACCACAGUAUAUUGUGUACUGCAAGAGUCGUAGUAUAGCCUUGAAGCUUGUUUAUGCAUUAUUGUUAUUGUAAUUCGUCUGGGACAAAAUGGCGCGAACAUAUUAUGCACUGAGGUUAUUGCUAAAAGAAACAAUAUGUUCCAUUUCUAACACCUUGUCAGUUUGCAAUAUCUCUUAAAGACAAAGUACACAGUUUAAGAAAUACAACAUUUCAUUCUAAAACUUGUAAUAUUUACAUUUGCCCAUAACAGGAGGGACAAAGAGAGGGGUAAUAGAGAGAUACAAGGGAAGGGGGGACACAGGCAGAUGGGUAAUAGAGAGACACUAGGGAAGGGGGGGACAAAGAGACAGAGGGUAAUAGAGAGACAGGGGGACAAAGAGACAGAGGGGUAAUGGAGACACAGGGGAAGGGGAACAAAGAGACAGAGGGGUAAGAGAGAGACACAGGAAGGAGAUGGGGAAGAGAGACACAGGGAGGAGAGGGAGAAGAAAGAAGAAGGGUAAAAAGAAACACACAGGGCCUGGGAUGAAGUAAAAGAUACACAAGGGUCGCUGUAAGAGACAAAAAGGAGACAAUUGGAGACAAGAUACACUAAACGAGGUAAAUUGAUGUGAUCCUGACAGUAAUACAUAUAUAUAUAUAUAUAUAUAUAUAUAUAUAUGCAUGUAUAUUGAUGUGUGUAUUAGUAACGUAUAUAUUUAUGCCUAUAAUAUUUACACAUAUAGUAAUAUACAUUUAUAUAUGCAUAAUACACACAUAAAUGUCAUUACUAUAUACAUAUAUGUAAUGAGCAAGUAUUGGCCCAGUCUUGUUGCUAGUUGCAUACUCAUGCACAAUAACAUAUUCAAAGUGAAGAGCUUAGGACUUCAAAAUAAACAAGAUCACUUCAUUUUUUUUCAGUUGUGCAACCGCAGACAUUCAGCAUUUCAGUAACAUUACUAAAAUGUCCUUAAUAGGACAAAGUAGUUGUACUGAAACAUUGAUUACAUGCAAAUGUACGUCUACUUAAAAUAAAGGCGCUCUUUUGUUUAUUUUGAAGCCUUAUAUGCGUUCUUUCGUUGGAGUAAUAGUUUUCAAUUUUAAGUUAUUUUUUCACCCUGUAUAUCAGCACACUAUGCUGGCGCAACGCAUUAUUGGCCUGUUAUAGAAUUUUUUCCCAGGGCUGCUUUUAGUUCCUAGUCCGACACGGAGUUUGAUUAUUUAUUAAUGCACUAUUCAUAGCAGAACUGGAAAGCUUAUUAUAAAGGAAAUAUAAUGUCUUAAUUUGCAGGUGGUGCAAGCAUUACAAAGGGUACAUUUUACAGAUCAGGCAGGAAAACAGUUUUACUUUGACCAAAAUGGUGAUCCUGUUGCAAAAUAUGACGUGUUAAACUGGCAGAUCAGAGCAGACGGCUAUCUUGUGUACGGUAAAGUGGGUAGUUAUGAUGCCAGCAUGCCAAAAGGACAGCAGCUAGAAAUUGAUGAGCAGGCAACUCUGUGGAAUGGAGCCACAUCCAAGGUUGGUGUAUUUUUAUGUGCAUUAGAUAUAGGGUUUCAAACUUGACUUGCUCACAAUAAACUGGACUUUACAACCCAUCUGGACAGACCCCUUGCUACUCAGUAAUUUGUGCUCACCCAAUUCCCAAUAUAACUGUAAGGUGGUAAAAAAAAAAAGUAAAACGAGUCCAUAAGACAGCAAUUAAAAUUAUUAUGGGAUGAGCCAUAAGUACAUGGACAGUAAUUCUGUAAUCAGUUUUCUCUUUUUCCAUACUGUAGCCAACGCUGUCUGAAUGCAGUACUAGUUGUAAGCCUGGAUUUAGGAAAAGCAUCCUACGGGGCCAACCGAUAUGCUGCUUCAGCUGUAUUCCAUGCCCAGAAGGAGAGAUAUCUAAUGGAACAGGUAAUCUAUCCAUUAAAACGUGUGUUUUUAUUCGGUAUCUAAUAUACGUGAUCAUGUUAACAUAGAAGGACAACUGAUUAAUGAAAAGAAAAAAAAACAUAGAAGGACUGAUUCAUUCCAUCAUUGGGGAACUUCCACACAGUGAUAGAAACAUGUUUUUUUAGACGAAUUAUACAUUUAUGGGAAUUGUAAAAAAAUUAACAAGGGAAUUGUAAAUAUGUACAUAUCGCUACAGUAAAAAAGGUUUUUAGGUAAUCUAGGAAAUUGAUAAAUUCUGAUAUUGGAGUAAUGUAGGCGUCAUGUGAAUUUUGAUGUUGGUGUCCUGGUGAAUAAAAGUAAAGGAUCAUUUUAACAUUUUGAGAUCAGUGACUUUAGUGCAGGGUUGCCCAACAGGUAGAUCCCCAGAUGUUGUAGAACUACAACUCCCAUGAUGCUUUGGCAUUCUAAAGGCAUUAAGAGCAAGUAGCCCCUAGAAGAAAACCCCCAGAGGGCACAGGAAGGGAAGUCCCUGGGGGAUCUGUAUGUAUUAAAAUAUAACCUUUAUUGAGAAAUUUAAGAAAUAUAUAUAGUAGGUGUCAACAAAAUAGUGAAUAUAAAAUCAAAAAAUAAUAAAUAAACCAGCUGAACCUGGAUGAUAUAUAGAACCCAUGUAGACCAUAUAGGACACACUCAAGUCGUAUCUUUGCUAUAGUUGCCGGGCGUAGCAACUACUUGUAAUCGUUAUCCUUAUUUAUUAAUAAAUUGUCAAGUCAUAAGGUUGCUAUAAUGAUGUCUAUACCAUGUAACAGACACGCGUGGCCAUAAAUCUUGUGUUCCUGCUGAGGUAGCUAAUUCACCUAUAUGCCUUCUUGGAACGAUCGUAUCCAUGAGGUACGUGACAGGUAUAUUGAAUCUGUUCACCUUGGAAAUGCACUUAAUAUAGAGGGAUUAAACCCUAUUAAUACUUUCUGUGGCAGCCUAGGUUGUGGCUGUAGGUGAAGUAGAAUAGCUGAUCUGUAUAAUUGCUAUUUGUGAAGAAAGCAGUGUGGUUAAAAAAAUCUAUAAGAAGAGCCUGCCUGACGCGCGUUUCGGCGAUGCUACACCGCCUUUGUCUGAGGCAAAGCAUUCGAAAGGCAAAGCAUCAUGGGAGUAGUAGUUCUACAACAUCUGGGGUUCUACCUGUUGGACAGUAUUUAAAACCAGCAUUUAAUUUACCUUCAUUUAUGAUUUUCAUACUAUACAUAAUGUCAGCCUUAGUAUUGUAAAUAACUUGUCAUUUUGUAUGCUUAGAUUUCACUGAAUGUCUGAAAUGCCCCCACGACUACUGGUCCAAUAAAAACAAGGACUCAUGUGUACCCAAAGAAGUGGACUACCUUUCUUUUGAAGAACCUCUUGGGAUCACAUUCUCGGUUUCUGCUGCUCUGGGUGUUUGUCAAACCAUUCUAGUGACAGCAGUGUUCAUAAAAUACAGGCACACUCCAAUAGUAAGAGCCAACAACUUGGAGAUGAGCUUCCUGCUUUUGAUGUCCCUCACCAUGUGUUUCCUUGGCUCGUUCACAUUUAUUGGUCAACCGUCAUCUGCACUCUGUGUCCUUCGACAGACCGUGUUCGGCAUAGGUUUUGUCUUAUGUAUCUCAUGUAUCUUUGUGAAAACCCUAGUUGUCAUUCUGGCCUUUGCAAUGGCAAAACCCAAUCAAAAUGUUUUCAAACUUUUUCGACCAUUUCAUCAAAGACUGUUAGUUAGUUUAACUACCUUAGUUCAGAUUGUUAUAUGCAUUGGAUUCCUCUCUUCCUCUUCUUCAUCCAUACAAAAGAACAGGGAAGCCGUGGUGACCAAGAUAAUUCUGGAAUGCAAUAUUGAAUCUGAUUUGGCUUUUCUCGUUGCCUUUGGUUAUAUAGGUCUCCUGGCUUUGGUUUGCUUUGCUUUAGCCUUUCUGGCCAGAAACUUACCAGACAAUUUCAACGAAGCAAAAUUUAUAACAUUCAGUUUGUUGGUUUUUGUUAUAGUCUGGGUUAGCUUCAUUCCAGGUUACAUGAGUACAAGUGGAAAAUAUGUGACAGCAGUAGAAAUAUUUGCCAUUCUUUCAUCUGCUGCUGGUUUACUUGUUUGUAUUUUCUUUCCCAAGUGUUAUAUUAUUCUAUUAAAACCAACUAAAAACACGAAGAGGAAUUUAAUCGGACG